UCUUGUGAAGGCUUAAAUGAUUUUACAUGUAGACUACAUUUUUAUAUCAGUCAUGACAUGAUGAAGAAGGAAAACAUUUUUAACCAACAAGUGUCCACCCCUAUGAGGCCGUUCUAUUUUUAGUAUCAGCUGUUGCAAUAUAAAGAUUUGCUACAUAGCGGAUUGAAUCGCGGUUAUGUGAGGCGCAUUCCGGUCACAAAGGUAAAAUGAUGGCAAUGAUUUGAGGUAACGGACAGAGAGAGGGAUGAGGAAUAUUUGUGUGUGAAGUGGUUGCUGGAGCGUUCUUUCACGGCAACGGAUAUCAUAUAAUAUUGCUCCUGUUCUUACCGUCAAAAGGACCAACAGCACGGACAACCGGUAUAGCCAGCUGCCUGUCGCCAUGGCAACCAGCAGCGCGGUGCCUAGCGACAACCUCCUCACGUACAAGCUGGUGGUGGUGGGGGAUGGUGGAGUGGGGAAGAGCGCUCUCACCAUCCAGUUCUUCCAGAAGAUCUUUGUGUCUGACUACGACCCCACCAUCGAGGACUCCUACCUGAAACACACAGAGAUAGAUGGACAGUGGGCCAUCCUGGAUGUGCUGGAUACGGCAGGCCAAGAGGAGUUCAGUGCUAUGAGGGAGCAGUACAUGAGGACGGGGGACGGCUUCCUCAUCGUGUUCUCUGUGACAGACAAGGCCAGCUUUGAACAUGUGGACCGCUUCCACCAGCUCAUCCUCAGGGUCAAAGACAGGGAGGCCUUCCCCAUGGUGCUGGUGGCCAAUAAGGUGGACUUGGUUCACCUCCGCAAAAUCACCAGCGACCAGGGGCAGGAAAUGGCUGCCAAACACAAUAUCACAUACAUUGAGACAAGUGCCAAGGAUCCCCCUAUGAAUGUGGACAAGGCGUUCCAUGAACUAGUCAGGGUUAUAAGGCAGCAGAUCCCAGAGAGGAGCCUGAAGAAGAAGAAGAAGAUGAAGUGGCGAGGAGAACGAUCUGCGGGUUCUCACAAAGUCCACUGUGUCAUCUUGUGAUGGUGUCGCCGCUGCUAGCAAUGAUGUCAGAGAGAACUGCGCACUGGCAGUAACCAACAACUGGAGGGGGAAUUGGGGGAGAUAAGGAACUGACUGUUGACUGUUACGGUGUCAAAGAAAACCCCUCACUCCAAGGCAUGCCCAAGUGGGGUCUUACAGGGGCAUCAUUGCCUGCCCGCUUCCCCUGARUGGUCAGAAAAAAGCACUCCAGGAAGAGCUCCUUAUAAACUGACUGAUUUACAGACAGUGCAGUGAUGAUGCUCUCCAUGGAGGUGGACAUCAAGGUAUUCUCCGGGGUGGGGAGAUGUGACGUUAGAUGUUGUUAGGGACCUAUGAUCUGAGUGUUUGUGUUGUGGUUGUAAGUUCUCCAUGGUGUUGAAUGUUAAAUUCUGAAACGAUAAAGAGGAUGAUUAUGAAGUAUAUUCUAUCUGCACUAGCCACAGGCAUAAGAGGAUUUGGCUUUGGGGUCCUGAAGAGAAGUGGGAGGAUGUGGCUGUUAGUACUUUUUAUUUAAAUUUUUCUGGUGGGGAAUCUGGCUUGUAGGUUGAGGGGAUCAGUUACUCCAAGCAACAAGAUGUUAGAUUUCUCUGUCUAAUAUGGAGUAUUUAAUACCUAUGAAAUGGCUUGUACUGUUAAAGCACUAAACAAAAAAAAGACUUUGGGGCUUGUUCAUCUGGGGUGUAUUCAUUAUGCCAAUUCUGUUGCAAACUCCAAACGGAAAACUUUUGCACGAAAACUACACUUUCUAUUGGACAAAUUCAGGUAGGUCCCUCCCUGUUUUGUUCCGUUUGGUCAGUUUGCUUCUGUUUUGGUUCUUAAAUGGUAAUGAUUUCCAUUGUAAAAUGUAAUGAAUACACACCUGGUUAGAAAUUUGCCCUUGAAUGAAGGAAGUACCUUUGCACUUUGAAUAGAUUUUGACUUUCAUAUCUGCAUGUGUUGAAAAAUUGCAAAUGAUGAAAGGGAAGACCAUAAUAGAAAUUGACUGAAUGUGGAAAAACUGAGCUUAUCAUAAUUAUGUCAAUGCCAUGUAGCCCAUUUGCUUGUCUCAUGUCGGUUGGACAGAACAGUUUAUACCAGUGGAGGCUGCUGAGGGGAGGACGGCUCAUAAUAAUGGCUGGAACGGUGCAAAUGGAAUGG